UGUGAAAAGCUAAGAGAGGAUCAGCACAGCUUGGGUCCUUUAAGCAGGCUGGGAGGGAGGAAAAGAGGGAAGUGUUUCAGAGGCCCCACCUUUCAUUCCAGCAGAGUGGACAGCCAGAACUAGCAUGAGUCAGAGGCACCAAAGCUUGGAUUCCCAGAGGUGAAGAGGAUCAUAAAGAAUUUUCUCUGCAGUCAGAAUCUACUCUUUUUGGACACACUGCUCCUCUCAUACUUUUGGUGCAACCUCUGAAGGGUCUGGGCUCCCUCAGUCUGCCCUUUUUGGUAUCGGGGUGAGGGCUGGGUUUCCCUGAUGUAUGGUAAGAGCCCGACAUGUGCUGUACUUCUUUUUUGCAUACAACUCGCAGUUGUUUGGCACAUAGCAGCUGUGGAAGUUUAUACCUCCCGAGUAGUAGAGGCUGUUAAUGGGACAGACCUUCGGCUAAAAUGCACUUUCUCCAGUUUCUCCCCUGUGGGUAAUGCCCUAACGGUAACCUGGAAUUUCCGUCCCCGAGAUGGGGGUGCUGAGGAGUUUGUGUUUUACUUCCAUGAACAGCCCUACCCACCAACUGCUGGACGUUUUAAAAAUAGGGUGGUCUGGGACGGAAAUGUAAACCGGAAUGAUGUCUCCAUCAUCAUCUGGAAACUACAAUUUAACGACAAUGGGACAUUUACCUGUCAGGUGAAGAAUCCACCAGAUGUUGAUGGGGUGAUAGGGGAGACUCGACUCAGUGUUGUACAGACAGUACGUUUCUCUGAGAUCUAUUUCCUGGCUCUGGCCAUUGGCUCUGCCUGUGCACUGAUGGUAUUAAUAGUAAUUGUGGUGGUCCUCUUCCAGCACUCCCGUAAAAGACGGUGGGCCCAUAGAGGCCAUGUGGCAGUGGAGACAGAAUCAACGUAAGACUGGGUAAUUGAACAAGAAGCUCUAAGAUAUGUUGGGAUUCAUGGAAACUUUCCUUCAGCUACUCCAGUAAAGAUCUAUUCGAACCAACUCUGCUAAUUCACAUCCAUCCUGAUAUGCUGCCUUAGGCCCUCAUGUGCCAGUGCAAGACUCUUCUUGAGGAAACAUUGCCAAAAUGUUCUCAUUUUGCCUUUAUCAAGAUUUUAUUUAAAUCCCGUGCCAUCAAGCAGAAUGAAAAUGAAACACCAUAUUUCCUUCUGAAGAUGAGGAGACAAAAUUCUUGUAUUAAAUCUGAUAUAUGGGUUCUCUAUUCUCUCAUGUCCUUAAUCAAACAGUUAGAUAAAUCUCACAGUUGUUUCUGUGUUUCACCAGAAGUAAUAUGAAACUUCAAACUGUUGGUUUGAAAAGAAUAAUGAUGUGCUGAGAAAUUGCUGACUGCUUAGUUUAAUGUGAUUUUGCAACUGAAAGGCUCAUAUUGAGGCAUAAAGCAAGUUAUCACUGGAAUUCAGAAGAUGAGCAUCACAACUCUGGGAUAAGGGAUAGAAGAUUGUAAAAAGGACCCAAAAGUGGUGGAAAUUUUAUUUAGUAUUAUGUACAGCUCUGAAAAAGUAGGUACAUUGCUAAAGAGAAAGAACUUUUUUUGGUUUGAUUUUUUGUUUUGAGUGUGGAAUAAAAGGGAAUUCUAAAUCUAGGUUUCAUUAUGGUUGAUCCAGAGUGAUGAUGAAAGAUAUUUCUUUUAUGAAUUAGUACAUCAGUAGUUUAAAACUAACUUUGAAAGUAGGCCUCAUUUUCAAGGAGAGUACCUCUUAAAAAAUGUCCAGUUUUCAGUUUUCUUUCACUUGUAAGUCACAGUAACAUUUAAUGUGUAGAUGUGGAAGUUUAAAUACAAGUGGACAAUACAGUUUGAUUGUUGGCACGACUUCAUCUUUAGUUAGCAGACAUAUUUCUUUUAACAAAUGAAAUUGGUCUAGGGAGACUAUUUCCUAGGACUUCCAAAUAUCCUACUUUAAGCUAUAUUUAAAGACAACUUCCAAGAUUUUUAUAGAAGAUUAUUUGGGUUUAGGUUUCUAUUACUUUUAACCCACAUUUUAUUUUAAAAAAUUAAAUAUCUUAAAGUAUUAUUAUUAGUUUUCUGCAGAUAGAUGGUUUGGAUAGUAUUGUAUAAAUGAAAAAUUAUAUUUUUAAAAAAUAACUUACCUUAGUCUUGAUUCCAGAAAAACUGGUAGCUUGCUUGUGUCUUGGUUAAAACAUACAAAGAGAAAAUUUUGAUUUCUUAUUUGGAUAGCUAUCCUACUGGCCCUUUUUGUAUUGUAAUUUAUUUUUUAUUAAGCUAUAUAUACUCAUUUGAAUAAACACUACCUUUAGUAAUAAA